AUGCGAGAUUAGAAGACUCAAUCUCCGUUGCUAAGCCACUUGAUUAUCUCAAUUGUUUUGCCCUGUUUUUUCUAGUUCUUCCCUCUGCCUUAUCGUUACGCCACAAUGUCAUUAACAAGCGUUGGAGAAGACUAUCCUUUAAGCAAAGAAUAUUUGGAAAUGUCUGAAAGAAGCUCCUCUCCUAAAAAAACAAAAUUUUACGGUCUGAUUAUUCUUGACUUGAAUGGCACACUGUGCUCACGUACAACAGUUAAAUCCUUUUAUACACGUCCACAUGUAGACACUUUUUUUGACUACAUCUUUAAUAAUUUUACGGUUAUGGUUUGGAGUUCCGCACAAGAAAGUUCCGUUAAGAAUAUGUGUAAAAUGUUUGAACCACACAAGCCAGCCAUUGUUUGGCAUCGAGGUCACCUUGGACUUUCUGCAGAAGAUUUCUAUAAGGAUGUUGAAGCAUUAAAGGAUUUGAACAAAGUAUGGGAGGCCUACCCUCAAUUCAGUGCGAAAAACACAGUUGUACUAGACGACACACGAGAGAAAUUAGCUGCACAACCUUAUAAUUUGGUUCUAAUGAGAACGUUUGACCAUAACACUCUUGGACCGGAAGGAGAGCGUGAUCUACUUAAAGUCAUACAUUACUUGAUGUUAGCCCAGGUCCACAGGAAUUUCUGUAAUUAUAUUCGAUACUUACCCUUUGAACACACUUUGGAUUGGUGUACAGUUCCAAACUUGAUCGUCGAUACACAUCUCAAUCACUUUGUAAACGGUAGAAAUAUCAAUCCUGCUCCAGAAGACGUGAUGAAGUUAUUACGUGUUUUACCGAAUCCAUCUGAUGUGUCUCGGGAGAUAAUGGAAAAAGAAGCGAAGGCCUUAGCCAGAAUAAAAAGAAGGAAGAUCAAGAAAUUAGCCAUGCAAACUCAACUUAAAUCCAACGACAGCACAGCGACAAGAAUUAUCGAGCCAAGCAACACUGUACAGCCAAUUAACACUGCACAGCCAAUUAACACUGCACAGCCAAUUAACACUGCACAGCCAAUCAACAUUGCACAGCCAAUUGAUACCACACAACUACUUGAUCCAAUGCCUAUUAUUCAGUCUAUGAACAGUGUUCAAAUAACUGAUGAUACACAGCAGGCAGAUAUAGAAGAAAUAGAACCUUCGAAUAUAGUCAGUAACACUGUUGAUUUGCUGCGUGGCGUGUUUCAAAUGGCUACAGAUACUAUGAAAACUUGGAGAGCAAAUGGAAAUGAAGAGCCUGUCCAGAGCACCAGUUCACUUUCAGAUGUCAGUAUGAUGGAAAUCGAUGAAGAAGCUACCAACGAAACCAGCGAAAGUGUUUCAACAACUGACAAUACCGAGGCUAUCCCAGAAUUAAUAAUCCCAGAGGUGGAAUCAAAUUACAUCAACGAAUCAGACAUGGAGGGUGUGGAGGAUGUGGGUCUGAUGGAAGAGAUUUUACCUAACCCUUUCGAAGCUAUAUACAUGCAAGCAUUUCCGUCUGAUACAAUCAGGUCUAAGCACACUCCCAUGAGAAAAGCAAAAAAAACUGAUCCACCUGAGAAAAAAAAGCAAUCCAAGGCCGCCAAAAAGUCCUCAAAUGAAGAUGCAAAACCACAUGGUGAUCCAAUAGAAUUAUUGAAAACAAGACCUGUCAAAUCAAUUCUUAAAUCAUCAAAAAACUUCGUCCCCUACGUCAAUAAGGAAACUCUUAUCAAUAAUGAAACAGGAUCUGGGACGCCGCCAGAGACACUUUCUAGUUUGGCUGAAGUACUGAGGUUAAGAAAAGUAAAAAGAAGGUUACGUCAAGCAAACGAUGGGACUAUUUAAUAACAAAAAUAAAAAAUGAAUUUUAACCCAAUGAAGGUAAACGCAAUUCUUCA